AUGCAGGAAACCCACAAGAAGAUCUCUUCGACGACCGACAUGGCGUAUGUGCAUCAAGAGACGUGGGUGAGGUUCGGAACAAACGGCAUCGGCAUCUCCGACCACCAGAACCAUUACAGCAAUGGCGUUAAGGUCGGAAACUGGGUGGAGAAUCAGUAUGGAGAUGCUCUUAAGGAGACGAAUCACGGGCGGCAACCCUUGGAUAUGAGGACAACAACUCAAGCCGACUUCAUCGCGAGAACUGCUGACCCUGACGCGAACAAGAAGCCGACCACGAUCGGCAACGUGUCCAACGUGCAGAUGGGGCAGCAGCGGGAGGGAGAGGAGGAGACUAGGCAGAUGAUAUCGACCUACGACCUGUCCAUCUCUCAAGUCCAGGGGCCCAAGAGAGUUGAUACCGUCCUAUGGAGCGGCGUGACGAAGGUGGACAGGAACAUCCCGCAGGGGGUGCAUGAGAGAAGCAGCCUGCUCGAGAAGAAGAAGGCGGAGUGGAAAGCUGCGAAAGAGAGCACAUGGCAGACUGCAUACUCGAAGCAGUAUAUCAAGCCAGAAGUCGAGGGCGAGAGGGACACGCGAGGGAUUUUGAAGCUGAGGAAAGAUGAUGUUAAUUUCUGUCAUGACAAGAGACAACAUCUCGCGAUGGGUUUGAGAGAGCCAUACUGA